AUGUCUACCGCUGGAUUCCAGUACCUCGAGUCAUGGAGACUCUCCCUCGAAAGAAACCCAUCCAUCAUCUUGGUCCUAGUCCUGGCGAUUGGGACAUUCGCAUUCGCAUCCGCAUACUAUCGCAAGAUCAAGGUCCGUCUUGCCAUCCUACUCAUUUCAAUCACUAACGCCAGCCAGACCAUUCCAUCCAAACAUGAGACCUCAUCGGAAGCAGAAACGGGGUACCCCCCCAUCACCCCCCUCCCCAACUUCAACUGGGAAACAACCGAACCACUCGUUUUCCGACCCUUCAGGCCAAAAUACCACUUGACGAUGGGCCUCUCCACCAUUUCCAUCUCAGACCUAAUCCAAAUGGACAAGACCUACAAAGAGCGGAUGGCGCUGCGCGCGUCCCUAUUGAAGGAGUAUCCCGACGUCGUGCUCGGCGUGCACGAUGACGCCGAUCCGCGGAUCCGCCGCGCAGUGGGCGAAUUGUACGGCUUUGUCAUGGGGACAUAUCUUCCCACGCGGUAUCCGACGAUGUUUUCACUGUCGGCUAGGCCCGGCUUCAAAUCGGUCUUUCUGGAGAAUAAGGUCACGGGGAAGACGUACCCCGUGGAAAUGGGAAGCCAGCCGAUCCUCGAAGCCCUAGAGAUCCUGGGCCAGACCGUCGACGAGGAAUUUCUUAUCCUCUUGCCUGACGAUGCUCGUGGACAGGACUCAGACAAAGAAAGCGAAGAGAGAUACUUCCUGGCGGCGUACACGGCGUACUUCCCGUCCGGGUUCGACACGCGCACGAAACUUGGUCUGCGGCUUGCGGCCAUCCAUGACCCGGUCCCCGGGUACAAGGAGAAGCUGGAGCGGAGCAUGGACCGGUUCUUUGCGCGGGUGGAGGUGGGCAAGGUCGUGGCGAGGGUGAACUGGAGUAUUACGACGAAGACAGGGCUGUUUGCUGCGUUUGGGGGCGUGCAUGGCUCGACGGAGGCGUCGGCGAAGGCUGCUGGAAAGGAGGAGAUUGAGCCGGGGAUGUUGGAUGUUGAUUCGACGGUUCUCCGGUGUGAGCGGCAGACGCUGCAUCGGCUGCCUCGGAGUAAGGCGCUGGUCUUUGCGUUCCAUACGUAUACGUAUCCUCUGCAGACGAUCAAGGACGAAGGACUGGGCGAGGAGCUGGCGACGGCGAUUGAUGGGUUGAAGGCGGGCAAUGUGCCCGGGAUGCAUUGGUACAAAAGGGGUUCUGUAUGGGGCGAGGCCGUCAAGCACUUUCUCCGUAGUUGA